AUGCAGUCACCCUCGAUCCUAGUCGUUGGAGCCGGGCCUGUAGGCCUUGUACUGGCGCUGUCUCUCGCAAAACAGGGAGUCAACGUCCGAAUAAUCGAGAAAGAAGCUAAACCGAAUGUUGGGCAGCGAGGCGCGGCUAUCCAGCCGCGAACGUUAGAGGCGCAUCAUUUUCUCGACGUUUUGCCUGACAUUCUGGAGAUUGCCUCUCCGGCGCCAUUGAUGAGGGCGUACCCAGUAGGGACCCCAAUCCCAUCCAAGACUUUUGACAUGCUCCGCAAGAACGCAGAACCUUCUGACCCCUUCCCUAUCACUAAAUUAAUAUUGCUUGGGUCGGACAGACAAUCGGAGAUCCUCACUUCUCAUUUGCGGAAGCAUGGAGUGACCGUUGACUACUCCGUCAGGCUGUCCUCAUUUGAGCAGUUCGCAGAUCAUGUUACCGCGAAGAUGUUACGUCUCAAGGAUGGUGCCGAGGAGAUGGAGACAGCUGACUUCGUGUACAUUGUUGGAGCGGACGGCGCGCAUAGUGUCGUACGCAAAGGGGCGGGGUUGGCCUUCGUGGGGGAGACGAGAGCAGAGCAUAUGGUAAUAGGCGAUAUACAUAUUUCUCGAGGCAUAAAAAAUAACUUUUGGCAUGUAUGGGGCGAAGGCCAUUCGAUGAUGCUAUCUCUUCGACCUGCUCAGAAAGAAAACCCUGACCUCUUCAACUUCAUCAUCACAGGAGUCAAUGCAGGCUUGCCUAGGCUGACGGAUCGAGAGAGCAUCAUGAAAUUUAUCAGCAGGGUAACUGGAGUGUCCGAUAUUGAAUAUGGCGAGCUUGAUUUCAUUUCGAAGUACACACCACAUUCUCGGAUGGCUACUUCGUUCCGUAAAGGCAGAGCAUUCAUUGCUGGAGAUGCUGCUCAUAUUCACAGCCCCACAGGCGCACAGGGCAUGAAUUCUGGCGUCCAAGACGCGUUUAAUCUUGGUUGGAAGCUAGCCCUCGUCAUCAAAGGCUUGGCUAAACCGGAACUUUUGGAUUCGUACGACGCGGAACGCCUUCCAGUAAUUGAAGGGAUGCUACAGAUCGCGCUGGACCUCCACACCCGGCUAUUCAAAGCAGGAACAGACCCUGCGGAUAUAUGGGACAGAGGCGGCUUGCAGGACCAGCUAGGCGUAAACUACAGAGAGACGCCCUACGUUUUUGAUGAACGCCAGAGUGCCCAAGCCAACUCGGCAAGGAACCCAUACGGACGAAGCGAAGCGUUGAGAGCCGGUGACCGAGCCCCCGACGCGUCGGCCUUGUUCAACAUGCAUGACGCAUCCAAAGCCAUGCGCCUAUUCGACUUAUUUUCCGUGGCAUGCCAUACGGUCCUCAUAUUUUCUGCACAGUGUGAUGGUGCCUUGCCCGUCGCCGAAGCGUUGAAAGAAUAUCCAGCUGAAACUAUACAGCGUGUCAUCAUCCUACCCAGCUCCGGCUCCGAAUCAUUCGACAUCGACUGUUUAGUCCUCAGGGAUAGCAUGCAUCACGCGAACUCGGCUUACGGAACUAAAUCUGGUGCAAUCACAGUCGCUGCCAUCAGGCCUGAUGGUGUGGUUGGUGCUAUUGCUACAAGUGUUGAGGGACUUCACCGGUACCUUGAGCAAUGCGUUGGUCUAAACAGAUUAAAGAGCAAAUAG